GCAAGUUACGCUGCGGGCGGCCGUUGCCGCGCCGGGAUCCCGGGGCAGCCCCGCGCCACCUCCGCUUCACGCAGCGCGGGCGGCCCCGACCCUGCGGUGGAGCGCGGGGGGCGAAGGCGGAGGGGAUGGCGCCGCCGGGAGCAGCCGGGCUGCGCAGGGCAGGCCCGACCCGAGGGGCUCUCCCGGAAGGCCCUUGAGCGGCCGCCGCCUCGGGACAGCCGCGUGCCUCGGGCGGGGCGCGGGGUGGGCUGCUUGCUGUGAUGGGCUGCGGGGGUGCGGGACGAACCGCCUUCCCACCGGCACCAUCCGUAGGCGCUACCUGAGCAGUAAGCGCCCGCAGCACCACGGCCUUCUGAAGCUCUUUGCAGCUGAGGACUGCGGCUUUUCGGCUCUGGUUUUCCUCAGUUUCUGCCAAAAUGGAGCUGAGCGAUGCCAAUUUACAGACCUUAACUGAGUACCUAAAGAAAACACUGGAUCCAGAUCCUGCAAUAAGGCGUCCUGCGGAGAAGUUUCUUGAGACAGUUGAAGGAAGCCAGAAUUAUCCAUUGCUGCUCUUAACGCUGCUGGAGAAAUCGCAGGAAAAUGUCAUCAAAGUCUGCGCGUCGGUAACAUUCAAGAAUUACAUCAAAAGGAACUGGAGAAUUGUGGAGGAUGAACCGAACAAAAUAUUUGAAUCAGACAGGAUAGCCAUUAAAGCCAACAUAGUGCCCUUGAUGCUUAGCAGCCCGGAACAAAUUCAAAAGCAGUUAAGUGAUGCCAUCAGUAUUAUUGGCCGGGAAGACUUUCCUCAGAAGUGGCCAGACUUGCUGACAGAAAUGGUGAACCGCUUUCAAAGUGGAGACUUCCAUGUCAUUAAUGGCGUCCUUCGUACUGCUCACUCUUUGUUUAAAAGGUACCGCCAUGAAUUUAAGUCAAAUGAAUUAUGGACAGAGAUCAAACUUGUCCUUGAUGCCUUUGCAUUGCCCUUGACAAAUCUCUUUAAGGCAACUAUUGACCUUUGCAGCACACAUGCAAACGAUGCUAGUGCUUUGAAGGUUCUCUUUUCUUCUCUCAUUCUAAUUGCGAAGCUGUUCUACAGUUUAAAUUUUCAGGAUUUGCCUGAGUUUUUUGAAGAUAACAUGGAAACGUGGAUGACAAAUUUUCAUAGUCUCUUAACUUUAGAUAAUAAACUUCUGCAGACUGAUGAUGAAGAAGAAGCCGGCUUACUGGAGCUCUUGAAAUCUCAGAUUUGUGAUAAUGCUGCUCUAUAUGCUCAAAAAUAUGACGAAGAAUUCCAGCCCUACUUGCCACGUUUUGUGACAGCAAUCUGGAAUCUGUUAGUCACAACAGGUCAGGAAGUGAAAUAUGAUUUGUUGGUUAGUAAUGCAAUCCAGUUUCUGGCCUCGGUUUGUGAAAGACCACAUUACAAGCAUCUGUUUGAAGACCAGAAUACGUUGACAAGCAUCUGUGAAAAAGUUAUUGUUCCCAACAUGGAAUUUAGAGCUGCUGAUGAAGAAGCAUUUGAAGAUAAUUCUGAAGAAUAUAUAAGAAGGGAUUUGGAAGGAUCUGAUAUUGACACAAGGCGCAGAGCAGCUUGUGAUCUGGUCAGAGGCUUGUGCAAGUUCUUUGAAGGGCCUGUGACAGGAAUUUUUUCUGGAUACGUUAAUUCCAUGCUUCAGGAAUAUGCAAAGAAUCCAUCUGUUAACUGGAAGCACAAAGAUGCAGCUAUAUACCUUGUUACAUCGUUGGCAUCCAAGGCUCAGACACAGAAGCAUGGAAUAACACAAGCCAAUGAACUUGUUAAUCUGACAGAAUUCUUUGUGAAUCACAUUCAGCCUGACUUAAAGUCAGCUAGUGUGAAUGAAUUUCCAGUGCUAAAAGCUGAUGGUAUCAAAUAUAUCAUGAUUUUUAGAAACCAAGUACCUAAAGAGCAACUGUUGUUAUCUAUUCCUCUUUUAAUCAAUCAUCUUCAAGCAGAAAGCAUUGUGGUCCAUACUUACGCAGCACAUGCUCUUGAAAGGCUGUUUACUAUGAGAGGGACGAACAAUACGACACUCAUUACAGCUGCAGAAAUGGCACCAUUUGUAGAAGUGCUGUUAACAAACCUUUUCAAAGCAUUAACGCUUCCCGGCUCAUCAGAAAAUGAAUACAUCAUGAAAGCAAUCAUGAGGAGUUUUUCUCUGCUACAGGAAUCCAUAAUUCCAUACAUCCCUUCUGUCAUCACACAGCUUACACAGAAGCUACUGGCUGUCAGUAAGAAUCCAAGCAAACCUCACUUCAACCAUUACAUGUUCGAAUCGAUAUGCUUGUCGAUAAGGAUAACGUGCAAAGCAAACCCUGAUGCUGUUGGAAGCUUUGAGGAGGCUUUGUUUAUGGUGUUCACUGAGAUACUACAGAAUGAUGUGCAAGAGUUCAUUCCAUAUGUGUUUCAAGUGAUGUCCCUGCUUCUGGAAAUGCACAAAAAUGAAAUCCCAUCAUCCUAUAUGGCAUUGUUUCCUCAUCUACUUCAGCCAGUGUUAUGGGAAAGGACAGGAAAUAUUCCUCCUCUGGUCCGACUCCUGCAGGCUUAUUUAGAGCGAGGUGCCAACACAAUAGCAAGUGCUGCUGCUGACAAAAUUCCUGGGCUGUUAGGUGUGUUCCAGAAGUUGAUUGCCUCUAAAGCUAAUGACCAUCAAGGAUUCUAUCUUCUAAACAGUAUUAUAGAGCAUAUGCCCCCUGAAUCAGUUGACCAAUACAGGAAACAGAUCUUCAUUCUACUGUUCCAAAGACUUCAAAAUUCCAAAACAACAAAAUUUAUUAAAAGUUUCCUAGUCUUCAUUAACUUGUACUGCGUAAAAUACGGAGCAUUAGCUCUUCAAGAAAUAUUUGACAGCAUACAGCCAAAGAUGUUUGGAAUGGUUCUGGAGAAAAUUAUAAUUCCUGAAAUACAGAAAGUGUCCGGACAAGUGGAAAAGAAAAUCUGUGCAGUUGGCAUUACGAAAAUAUUAACAGAAUGUCCUCCUAUGAUGGACACUGAAUACACCAAGCUGUGGACUCCUUUGCUGCAGGCACUCAUUGGCCUUUUUGAGCUGCCUGAGGAUGACACUAUCCCUGAUGAAGAACACUUCAUUGACAUAGAAGAUACUCCAGGAUAUCAGACUGCAUUCUCUCAGCUAGCCUUUGCUGGAAAGAAAGAACAUGAUCCUGUAGGUCAGAUGGUGAACAAUCCUAGAAUUCAUCUGGCACAGUCUCUUCACAAACUGUCUACUGCGUGUCCAGGCAGGGUCCCAUCAAUGCUGAGUACUAGUCUGAAUGCAGAAGCGUUGCAGUAUCUCCAAGGAUACCUCCAAGCUGCGAGCGUGACGCUGCUCUGAGUUGGUGUAUUUCACAAGCAAGAUCAAAAGCUGUUUUGUUACACAGAAAGUUGACACUGACUUUUUUUUAUAGCAGCGCUCAGACAAAAUGAAAAAUGCUACUUGAAAAUGUAUUGCAGAAUCCAUCUUGUAAAAGAUAAAUGUGGCUCUAAGCAGAAAGUGAAAGAAUUUGGUGGUGUGCGUAAUCUUAGAUAAAAGGUGGUUAACUUCCAUUCCCAGUUUAAUUUCAAAGGGAAUAGUCACAGCCGUUUGUUACGGGGUUUAUUUGCAAUCUGCAGCAUCUGGAUGACAGUUUGAAGUGAAUGGAGAGCACUGGCUGUAGAAACUCACUUCGGUCACUAAAAUUCCUUUUUAUUUUGAUGUUGUCCUUUGUAAUUCUUUUGUCUUUCCUUAAACUUUAUCUAAAUUGUGAAUAAAUAAGAAGUACUUGUUUAAAAUGCCUGUCACUGUGCACUUACUGUUUUAGAAGAGUGUAGCUGGCUUUAAAAAAAAAAAAAAAAGAUAGUGUUUUAAAUGUAGAAUAGAAAAUAAAAUAGUGGGAAUGUGAGGAUUUUUCUUUAUGUAAUAGCUUAAAUAUAUUGUGUGUUCACACAGAGCAAAUGUAAAACUUUGGCAGAAGACCCAAAGCUGCUAUUACUCUUGAUAUUCAUCAACAGGUGCACCCCUUCUCCUUAGAUGUGACAGUGUAAUGCAGCAAAAGCAAGCAGUGUACCCUCUCACAGCGGAUGUCAGUCUCCCAAGUGGAUUUUUAGUGAUGUAUCAAGACAGAAACAUUGAUCUUGUUUAGCUAGGGUGUUCUCUCUGUCUCCUUAUGAAUAUACUGAUUAGAUGUGGUAGCCCUGACUUCUAAGUGUAUCCAUAUAACCUUGUAGUUAUGGUUGAUGAAAGGAGACAAGUUCAAUGCCUGAGCCUUACUGUGUUCCCAGAUGGUCUGGGUCCCAAACUGCUAUGCUGUGGGCUGUUAGAGCAGUAAUACUGCAGGGAUAUAGGUACAUCUAGUUACAGAGACUGCAAGGCUCCUGAAUAAGAGUGAAGUCAAACACAUAUAUUUUAAGUUACCUGACCAUGUAGAUCCUGCAGAUUAUUUGAAUCAGUAUUGGGCUUUUAAAGUUACAAUGCCAGGUGAAGCUGGGCAUUGUAUCGAGAAAGUUACUGAAUUUACAGAAGGUGAAACAUAAGUCACAAUCAUCUUUUUUUUUUUUCAGUUCUUUUGUAUCUGUGGCUGCCAUGUGGGAAUGCAUAUUGGCCAUCUCUCUUAAUGUGUAAAGUAAAGAGUUACUUGUCAGACAAUUAAUUUAAACUGCUUAAGUGCCUAAAAAAUGCAUUAAAUGAAUCAGCAUCAA